UCACAUUGUUCGCGUUCCCUUCACGCACUUCGUGGGGGCUUCGUCUCAGCUUCAGCUAAAGAGCAAACAGACAACAGCUGUGUUUGCUUGAAGUAUCAACCUUGAAGCUGAAAAUACGGGACUUUAUUGCCACUUGAAAUUCAGUAAUAUCGUUUUAAAAAGUUAUCUGAAACCAUUAAGGAAAUGAAAUAGCUGUCAUUUUACAUAACCACAGAAACGGGCGAGACGCAAAGGAGAAAUAAUAACAACAUCAAAACCCGGCAAACAAAGAGGUCCCCUUUUCAACGGCAUCAUUUUUCCUCCAUAUUCUAUAGUUAUGAGUCAUGUGGCCGUCGAAAAUGCCCACGGUCUAGAACAGCAGCUCGCUGUCCUAGACUUGAGCGCUGCAGACGGACAAGGUGGCGGCAAUAGCAGGCGAUACAUACCUCCACAUUUAAGGAACAAAGAUGCUCCCAAAAAUGCAGGAAAUGCCUUUGCUGCUGGGCGACAGGGUGGUUACACCAUCGCGCCUGCAGCCAACUACGGCUGGGACGGCACGCGCAACAACUUUGUCAACGGCUACCACGACAAUCGCAUGACGGGCAACUCAUUUAACCGUGGCCCGCCUCGCAUGGAGCGGGGAAGAGGUGGCGUUGGAGGUGGUUACCGCAACAACAGGGGUGGAGCCUUCAACCCCAUUAACCCAGCACAGCCAAUGGGCUUUGCUGGGUAUGAAAAUAAAGACGCAGGUGGCUGGAACACUGCCAAGGACGCCUAUAGCAGUUUUGGCAAUAACCGUGGAAAGUCUGCUUUCUUCAAUGACAGAGGCAACGCUAGCCGAGGAAGGUUUGAGCAUGGAGGAUUUGGUAAUGGAGGAGGAGGAGGAGGAGGAAACAGCCGCUGGGUGGAGGAAUCCAGAGAUGACGGAGACUGGUCCAAACCAACCCCUCGCAACGAACGCCUUGAACAUGAAUUGUUCUCUGGCAGUAACACUGGGAUUAACUUUGAGAAAUACGAUGACAUUCCUGUUGAGGCCACGGGACAGAACUGCCCUCAGCACAUCGAGAGUUUCCAAGACGUGGACAUGGGUGAGAUUAUCAUGGGUAACAUUGCUCUGAGUCGCUACACCAGACCCACUCCUGUCCAGAAAUACGCCAUUCCUAUUAUUAAAUCGAAGAGAGACCUCAUGGCCUGCGCACAGACAGGCUCUGGGAAAACGGCAGCAUUCCUCUUGCCAGUCCUCAGCCAGAUCUACACUGAUGGACCAGGAGAGGCCCUUAACGCAGCUAAAGCAUCAGGACAGGAGAAUGGAAAGUAUGGCCGUCGCAAGCAGUACCCCAUCUCCCUGGUGCUGGCUCCCACCAGAGAACUGGCACUGCAGAUAUAUGAUGAAGCAAGGAAGUUUUCCUACCGCUCCAGAGUGCGUCCCUGUGUUGUGUAUGGAGGAGCAGACAUUGGCCAGCAGAUCAGAGACCUGGAGAGAGGCUGUCACCUGCUGGUGGCCACUCCAGGAAGACUCGUGGACAUGAUGGAGAGAGGCAAGAUCGGACUGGACUACUGCAACUACCUGGUCCUAGAUGAGGCUGACCGUAUGCUGGACAUGGGCUUUGAACCACAGAUACGGCGCAUCGUCGAACAGGACACCAUGCCUCCUAAAGGCAUCCGACAAACUAUGAUGUUCAGCGCUACGUUUCCCAAAGAAAUCCAGAUCUUAGCUCGGGAUUUCCUGGAGGAUUACAUCUUCCUGGCGGUGGGCAGAGUGGGUUCCACCUCGGAGAACAUCACGCAGAAAGUGGUGUGGGUGGAAGAGAGCGAUAAGCGGUCUUUCCUCUUGGACCUGCUAAGCGCUACAGCCAUCCCAAGUGAGGUACAGGACAGUACUGGAGACAACAUAGAGAAACCUGGUAAGGACUCAUUGACCCUGGUUUUUGUGGAGACCAAGAAAGGUGCAGACGCCUUGGAGGACUUCCUAUAUCGGGAAGGCUACGCCUGCACCAGUAUCCAUGGUGAUCGUUCCCAGAGAGAUCGAGAGGAGGCCCUGAACCAGUUCAGAUCAGGAAAAUGUCCCAUCCUGGUGGCUACAGCGGUAGCAGCUCGGGGUUUGGACAUCUCCAACGUGAAACAUGUUAUUAACUUUGACCUGCCAAGCGACAUAGAGGAGUACGUCCACCGUAUUGGACGUACGGGACGAGUAGGAAACCUGGGGCUGGCAACAUCAUUCUUCAAUGACAAAAACGGGAACAUCACUAAAGACCUCCUGGACAUCCUAGUAGAGGCCAAACAGGAAGUUCCCUCAUGGCUCGAGAGCCUGGCCUAUGAACACCAGCACAAGAGUAGUAAUAGAGGGCGCUCUAAGAGGUUCUCUGGCGGGUUUGGAGCACGAGAUUAUCGUCAGACUGCUGCAGGAGUCAACGCCGGAGGGUUUGGAGGACGUGGAGGAGGACGCAGCCAGGCAGGACAUGGAGGAAACCGUGCCUUUGGAGGAGGCGGCUUCAGCAACUUCUACACCAGCGAUGGCUACGGAGGAAACUACUCACACUCUCAAGUUGACUGGUGGGGCAACUAGGUUUCUCCAUCCCUCCCUCCCUCCCUCGCUCAUCCCUCUUUCCUCUUCUCACUCAUCCUCCAUUCUUUCUCCACAUCGACGUCUGCAUCCCAUCUGUCUUGUUACCACCAUUAACCCCAAGAAACCCCCAUGCAUGUUAUUAAACUAUUUAUGCUCAUUUA